CCCCCGGCGUUCCGCCCCCCGCGCUCCGCCCCGCAGAAGAUGGCGGCGUCGGCACUGCGGGCGCUGCGCGGGCGGCUCCUCUGGGCCGCGCCGCCACGGGUGGCCCCGGCCCCGGCCCCGGCCCCGGCACCGACACCGGCAGCGGCAGCGGCAGCGGCAGCGGGCCCGGCCCGCGGGGUCGGCACCGCCGGCCCCGGGCCGCAGGAGGAGGAGGAGGAGGCGGCGGAGCGGCCGCAGUUCCCCGGCGCCUCGGCCGCCUUCGCCGAGCGGCUCCGCUUCAUCCAGCCCAACGUGCUGGCGGGGAUCCCCGUCUACCGCGUCAUGGACCGCCAGGGCCACGUGCGCUGCCCCGACCAGGACCCCCAGCUGCCCCAGGAGCUGGUGCUGAAGCUCUACAAGACCAUGACGCUGCUCAACACCAUGGACCGCAUCCUCUACGAGUCCCAGCGCCAGGGCCGCAUCUCCUUCUACAUGACCAACUACGGCGAGGAGGGGACGCACGUGGGCAGCGCGGCGGCGCUGGACGACACCGACCUGGUCUUCGGGCAGUACCGCGAGGCGGGCGUGCUCAUGUACCGCGGCUACCCCCUGGACCUCUUCAUGGCCCAGUGCUACGGCAACGCCAGCGACCCCGGCAAAGGGCGGCAGAUGCCGGUGCACUACGGCUGCCGCGACCGGCACUUCGUCACCAUCUCCUCCCCGCUGGCCACCCAGAUCCCCCAAGCCGUGGGGGCCGCCUACGCCAUCAAGCGCGCCAACGCCAACCAGGCCGUGGUCUGCUACUUCGGCGAGGGGGCCGCCAGCGAGGGGGACGCCCACGCCGGCUUCAACUUCGCCGCCACCCUCGAGUGCCCCAUCGUCUUCUUCUGCCGCAACAACGGCUACGCCAUCUCCACCCCCACCUCGGAGCAGUACCGCGGCGACGGCAUCGCGGCCCGCGGCCCCGGCUACGGGCUGCUCUCCAUCCGCGUGGACGGCAACGACGUCUUCGCCGUCUACAACGCGACCAAGGAGGCGCGGCGGCGCGCUGUGGCCGAGAACCAGCCCUUCCUCAUCGAGGCCAUGACCUACAGGAUCGGCCACCACAGCACCAGCGACGACAGCUCGGCGUACCGCUCGGUGGACGAGGUCAGCUACUGGGACAAGCAGGACCACCCCAUCUCCCGCCUGCGCCUCUACAUGCAGGGCCGGGGCUGGUGGGACGAGGAGCAGGAGAAGAGCUGGAGGAAGAGCUCCCGCAAGAAGGUGAUGGAGGCCUUCGAGGCGGCCGAGCGCAAGCUGAAGCCCAGCCCGCAGCUGCUCUUCUCCGACGUCUACCGGGAGAUGCCGCCGCACCUGCGGAAGCAGCAGGCAGCCCUGGCGCGGCACCUGCAGCAGUACGGCGAGCACUACCCGCUCGAGCGCUUCGAGCAGUGACCGCGACCCCCCCCAAAUAAACCCGCCUGAGUGGU